AUGCCACCCAACCACCAUCACGACGCGCUCCUCUGGAUGGCGCCGCUGCUGAGCGGCGGUGGCUACUCCUCCGAGAGCCUCGGCUUUGCGCUCGGCCUGCACAACCUCACCCGGCUCGAUGGCGGCCUGAUGGCGGGUGUCCGCCAGUUUGGCGAGCCGCAGGAUGAGAGCUUCGUGGAGGGCCUGCCAAAGGCUCUGAUCCCGCCGCUCCGCCACCUCUUUGGCGCGGGUGCCUCGCAGGACGCGGCGUCGGGCGUGGUCGUUUGCCACUCCACUCCCGAUGCGUGGGUGCCGUCCAAGUUCGAGGGCUGGGACGAGCUCGAGCCCUGCCCGCCCCCGACCGCCGCCGUGUCGGUCGGUCGGACAAUGUUUGAGACCGACUCUGUCCCGAGGGAGUGGGUCGAGCGGUGCAGCCGGAUGGACGAGGUCUGGGUGCCGACACACUUCCACGCCGAGGCGUUUGCGGCGGCGG